UGGUCAGCCAUAUUCGUGCUGUAUAUCAGGAUGUCAUCAAGAUACACCAAAACCCAUUUGUAUAAAUGGUCAUGUAGUACCUGAUUAAUCAGCUGCAUGAAGACAGCUGGAGCCCCUUGCAGUUCAAAAGGCAUGACUUUAAAUUGGUAGCUCCCCAUGGGACAGUUAAAAGCAGUCUUCCACUCAUCUCCCUCCUUUAUCCUCACCCAGUAAGAAACCUCUCUCAAAUCCAACUUAGUGAAUACCCUCCCCUUAGCUGGGUGGGUCAGUAAGUCCUUCAGGAGGGGGAGAGGAUAUUUGUUUUCCAUGCUCACCACAUUCAGACCUUUAUAAUCUAUGCAGAGAAGAAGUGACCCGUCUUUUUUUUCUUUAAAUAACAUCGGGGUCCCACAGCAGACCUGGCCAGUUUGAUAAAUCCCCUUGCUAAGUUUUUAUCCACAUACCACUGUAUCUCCUCCAUUUGAAGGGGGGAACAUAGCAUACAUUCUUGGUUGUGGGAGUUUGGCUCCCAGUAACAGUUCGACAAAGCAAUCAUUGAGUCGGUGGGGAGGCAGGGUGUUGCAUUCCUUCUCACUAAAUGCCUCCGCUAGUUCCUGUUAUUCAGUGGGGAUGAAUGGCUUGCCUGGUUGAGACAAGGUGGCCUUGUGCGCUAGCUUGUUGGGUGGGCUAAAGUCUACUAUAACAUCCAUCGAGUUAAGGUGGUACGUGGGUCCUAUAGGUAAUCUCACAAUCCUCAUUCCCUUCUCCCAUCAGAUAAAUGACUUCUAUUUGUCCACCCAGGCUAGCCCUAGUAUCACAGCCUCAGUCAUUUUUGGAGCCACCAUGAAACAAAUGAACUCCCAGUGCUCACCUAUUUCUAAGUGUAGGGGUUCGGUCAAUUGCAUGACUAAAGUUCCUCCCAUUAGGGAGCCAUUGGCUUGUUCAAACCCCAGGAGAUUGGAGAGCAGCCUUGCUUAUAUGCCCAUUUUCUGGGCAAGUAACAAGCUAAUAAUGCAUCGGGAGCCUCCAGAGUCGACUAGUACUUUUAAAUCUACCUGUGCCCCUGUCUUAGGGAUUAUGAGUUUGGCAGGUAGUGAAAAAGGUGGGACAUGUCGACUCACCAUCGGGUUGUUCUCUCCUUUGUUGUCACUGUCGUAGGAGGUAGAGCAGCGGCAGGUCCGGCUUGAGUCUCGGCACUCUCCUGCGUGGGAGAUGUGACUUGGGCAACAGGUUCCUGGGCAAUCCAGUUGGAUUUCUCUUUUGUUGACUGCUGGGUUGGUUUCUUUCUUGCUGGUGGUCCCGGUCUAUUCUGCUUCUGAAGGGCUGGAGACCAUGGUCGGUGGCUUCGAGGAUGUGGAGGCUGCCUGAUCUGCACAGGGUGGACUGGGGAUUCCCCUUGGUACUUGAAGGAAACACUAAUCCAUAUGACAUUGUCCUCAAGGACCUGGAACCGCCUAUUAUUGGGAGAUUCAUUCGCUUCAUCCCUGUGACUGAUCACUCUACAAAUGUGUGUCUCAGAGUCGAGCUGUAUGGUUGUGUUUGGUUGGAUGGAUUGGUUUCAUAUAAUGCUCCAGCAGGGCAACAAUUAGUUCUCCCCGAUGGCCAUGUGAUCUACUUGAAUGAUUCAGUCUAUGAUGGUUAUAGCAUGACAGAAGGAUUAGGGCAACUAACAGAUGGGGUUUCUGGCUUGGAUGAUUUCAGCCAGAGCCAUGAAUAUUAUGUAUGGCCUGGUUAUGACUAUGUUGGUUGGAGCAAUGAGAGCACCACAAAUGGACAUGUGGAAAUCACCUUUGAAUUUGACCGAAUCAGAAAUUUCACCACCAUGAAGGUUCACUGCAAUAAUAUGUUUGCCAAAGGAGUAAAGAUUUUCAAGGAGGUGCAGUGUUACUUCCGCUCUGAUGCAAAUGAAUGGGAACCAAACACCAUCUCCUCAUUACUGGUACUAGAUGAUGUCAAUCCCAGUGCUCGCUUUGUGACAGUACCCCUUUUCCAUCGGAUGGCUAAUGCCAUCAAAUGCCAGUUCUACUUUGCUGAUACCUGGAUGAUGUUCAGUGAGAUUACCUUCCAGUCAGAUACAGCUAUGUACAACAACUCUGGAGCCCUUCCUGAGUCUUCAAUGACUCCCACUACCUAUGAUCCUACUCUCAAAGUAGAUGACAGCAACACUCGCAUCUUAAUUGGCUGUUUAGUGGCAAUCAUCUUUAUCCUUGUGGCUAUCAUUGUAAUCAUUCUCUGGAGGCAGUUUUGGCAGAAGAUGAUAGAAAAGGCCUCUCGCCGGAUGCUGGAUGAUGAAAUGACUGUGAGUCUCUCUCUACCCAGCGAAUCCAAUAUGUUCCACCACAGCAGCUCCACACCAUCCAGUGAACAAGAAUCAAACUCCACUUAUGACCGCAUAUUCCCCCUUGGAGCUGACUAUCAAGAGCCAUCGCGAUUGAUCCGCAAGCUUCCUGAAUUCAUCUCAGGGGAAGAUGAGGCAGGCUGCAGUGGGAUCACCAAGCCAACCCAGCCAAAUGGAGCCGAAGGAGUUCCCCAUUAUGCAGAAGCAGAUAUUGUGAACUUGCAGGGAGUCACAGGCAGCAACACCUAUUCUGUCCCUGCAAUCACCAUGGACUUACUCUAUGGCAAAGAGGUGGCUGUGGCCGAGUUCCCUAGGAAGCUGUUGACUUUCAAGGAGAAAUUGGGAGAAGGACAGUUUGGGGAGGUUCACCUCUGUGAAGUGGAAGGAAUGGAGAGAUUUGUGGACCAGGAUUCUAUUCUGGAUGGUAGUGUCACCCAGCCUGACCUACUGGCUGUGAAAAUGCUGAGAGCUGAUGCCAACAAGAAUGCCAGGAACGACUUCCUCAAGGAGAUUAAGAUUAUGUCCAAGCUGAAGGAUCCCAAUAUAAUCCGGUUGCUGGCUGUGUGCAUCACUGAUGACCCUCUCUGCAUGAUUACUGAAUACAUGGAAAAUGGUGAUCUCAACCAGUUUCUGUCUCGUCAGGAACCCCAAAAUUUGUCAGAGAGCUCUACCCCUCCUGUCAGUUAUGCCAACUUGAAAUUAAUAGCUACCCAGAUUGCUUCUGGCAUGAAGUAUCUUUCAUCCCUGAAUUUUGUUCACCGAGACUUGGCUACCCGCAACUGUCUGGUAGGGAAGAAUUACACUAUCAAGAUAGCAGACUUUGGCAUGAGCCGCAACCUUUACAGUGGGGACUACUACAGAAUCCAGGGCCGGGCAGUGCUCCCUAUUCGCUGGAUGUCCUGGGAAAGCAUUCUUUUGGGAAAAUUCACAACUGCAAGUGAUGUGUGGGCUUUUGGUGUUACACUUUGGGAAACCUUCACAUUUUGCCGAGAGCAACCAUAUUCUCAACUAUCUGAUGAGCAAGUAAUUGAGAAUACUGGAGAAUUUUUCAGAAAUCACGGACGACAGACGUACCUUCCUCAACCUCCAUUUUGCCCUGAUCCUGUAUAUAAGCUAAUGCUCAACUGUUGGAGACGAGAUACCAAAACUCGCCCUUCCUUUCAAGAAAUCCAUUGCUUUCUUCAAGAAGCAACUACUUCAUAGUGAUGCCUUCAAAUGCUAUGGACCACCUCUUCCCCUUGCCAUGUUACCCUUUCCAAGUUAUACCCAGAACUGAAGCCACUUCACCUGGAGCCAUCAUUUCCUUUAAUAACACAGCUGGACUCAAAUCAACCAUCAAAGGACAGAUGAGAGAGAAAUGGGGAUCUGAACAGGUCUGCCACAUAACCUCAUUCACAGUGCUGUGUUUUGGACUGGUAAAGACUGAAAAAGUUAUUUAUCUUGUAAAUGUUCUAGGUUGUGUUUUGUUUAAUGGAAUUUGUCCAUGAAAGAGAUGAAAACGUAUUCUUUUUUCCUUAAAAAAGGAUAUGAAAAAAAGCUUGAAAAUGGAAUUGAGCUGGAAAUAGGCACAUGAAUUAGGAAAGUACUGAAGCAAUUAGUACGGUAAUGUUUUAUGCCACUGCUGUGUGCAAGAGCUGUAAUUCUGUAAGAGGCGGUAAAAGAGCAGAAUGUUAUACUGGACAUAGAUUGUGGCUUGGACAAUGCUUGCUGAAAUCUCUAAAGCCAAAGAAGGUAUGAAAUAGAUUUUCUGUGAUUUAGGACAGAAUUUGUUAAUACAGAAUGGGUUGGGUAAACUUAAAGAAAGUAUGCAAUUUUGUAUCAUUUAAACACUAUGCAGAGUUUGCAAAAUGUAAUUAAUUUGGGGUGGAACCUAGAUGGCUCUGAGCAGAAUCUUUGUGUGUAACAAAAAUCUGGAUGUUGUAGAACAGGGCUUUUCAAUCUUUUCACCAAUUGUACCACUUUUAGGAUAUGGAAAUAUUCAAGUACCACCUAGCAAGGUGUCAAAAACUUGAUGACCAAAAAAAAAAAAA